AUGUCACACAUCACCGCCUAUCCUUGCCAACCACCACCCUACCAACCACCACACCCUCAUCCUGACAACCACAAGCAACCUUACCUCGCCAACCACCACCAACCUCACAUUGCCAACCGCCAGCAACAUCACCCUGUCAACCUCCACCAUUUCCUUAUCACCCACCAUCAAGCUCACACUGCCAAACACCACCAACUGCCCCCAGCUAACUACCACAACCUCACCCUGCCAACAACCACCAACCUCACCCUGCCAACCACCACCAAUCACACCAUGACAACCAUCAGCACCCUCACACUGCCAACCACCACCAACCUCACCCUACCAACCACCACCAACCUCACUCUGCCAACCACUACCAACCUCACCCUGCCAACCACCAACCUCACCCUACCAAAAACAACCAACCUCACUCUGCCAACCGCCACCAACCUCACCCUGCCAACCACCAACCUCACACUGCCAACCACCACCAACCUCACCCUCUCAACCACCGCUAAUUUUGUCUGCCAGCCACUACCAACUGUCUCUUCCAACGAUCAGCAACCUGACACUGCCAACCAUCACCAACUCUCCUUUCCAACCACAACCAACCGCAUUCUGCCAACCACCACCUCAGCUGCCUCUGCCAACCACCGCCAACCUCACCGUGCCAACCAUUACACCUUCAUCCAGACAACCACCAGCAACCUGACCCAGCCAACCACCAACAAUUCUACAUACCAAACACCACCAAGCUCACCCUGCCAACAACCGCUAAUUGUGGCUGCCAACCACUACCAACUGCCUCUGCCAACCAUAAGCAACUUCACACUGCCAACUGUCACCAACUCUCCUUUCCAACCACCACCAACCUUACCCUACCAACCACCACCAACCUCACACUGCCAACCACCCCCUUCGCCCCCCUGCCAACCACCACCAUCUGCCCCCUGCUAA